UAUACCCCUUGUUACAUAGGAGAAGACAAUUUUAACAAGUGAAAUUUUUUAAGGAAUUUAAUUCAGGUAAAACAUGGCGGUCCCAGGAAAGAAAGCAUCAAAACAAUUUUCAUCAUCUAGAGCAUCCCUCGCAUCAGAUGAAGAUCAUCAAAUUUACUGCCAGCCUUGUGAUGAGGAAGGAACUAGACUCCCUGCUCAUGGUUACUGUACUGACUGCAAGGAACACCUUUGCAAAACAUGCUUUACAGUCCAUAAGAAAAAUAGGCUUUCCAAACAUCAUAAACUUCUGGAUGCAACAAGUAUGCCUAAAGUUUUGCAGCAACCCUCAACAUCCAUUCACACAAGCCAGUCUGAUGAUCUUACAACACCCUGUUGUAAACAUCCACAAGAAAUCAUCAAGUUCUACUGCAAUGACCAUAAAAAUUUACUUUGCAGUGUUUGUGUUACCCUUGAACACCAACCUACUUCCUGCAAAGUUGAUUAUAUACCUGAUAUUUCUGGUAAUAUAAUAGACAGCAAAGAAUAUCAAGUUAUCUUGAAAGCACUAAAUACCACUUUUGAUCAUUAUCAACAGAUGGUAGAAGAUGCCAAGGAAAUGACGGGGAAAUCGAACAGAUCACUAAAAGAUGCACUUGAAGAUAUUAAAAAGUUUCGGAAAGAAAUAAACCAGAGACUUGAUCAACUGGAGAGACAAGUUGUGCAUGUAGUCAAGGUCAAAGAACAAGAAAAUAACUCAAAUAUCACAUCAGUAGAAACAUCGUGUGAAGAAGUUACCAAAUCUUUGAAGAUAUCUUCAGAAAAAAUCAAACAGCUGAACACAUCAACACAAGCUAAUGCACUGUUUAUGGAGCUUAAGCUUGCAGAAAAAAUGAUGGAAGAUGUUGAGAAAACUGCACUACACCUUUCAACAUAUGAUGUCAAAGAGCACAACUUUCAAGCAAAUAAAACAAUAUUAACCAAGCUUAUAACAGAGAGGUCAUUAGGUACAUUGACACAGAAAACAUUAAAUAAAGAAUGUCAACCUAUACAAAUAAAAACUAGACAAUCUUCAAAUGAGGGAAAAAUCUGUGUGAAGACAUCAAAAGAUAAAAAAAGAUGCUGGAUAACAGGAAUGACUCUGCUGACUCCUGAUCUUCUUAUCAUCACAGACUGCAAUAACAAUGCUGUAAAGAUGGUGGAUACCAGCAGUCAAUCUGUGUCUGAUCAACUACAACUAGAUGAUGGACCAUUGGAUAUCACCACAGUAACCAGUACUGUACUUGCUGUCACACUUCCUGACAUACAUACAAUAGAGUUUAUAUCAAUCUCAUUAAACAAACUCAUAAAGAAGCACACUAUGAAGGUUGAUGGAAAUUGUAAUGGUAUAAGCUGUUACCAAGGUAAACUUGUUGUGUCAUUCUAUAAUCCUACAAAACUGCAGAUCCUUGAUAUGAAUGGCACUAUACUGUCAACAAUUGAUGGAAAAAAUAUUUUUGAAAGUCCAAAUCAUGUCACAUGUAACAGAAGUUCUAUCUAUGUAUCUGACUGGUACAUGAAGACAGUAACAAGAUUAAACUGGCAAGGUGAUGUGAUAGAUAGUUAUGGUGCUUCAAGUCAGCCUAGAGGAAUGUCACUGUCUGAUGAUGGUACUGUUUUUGUAUGUGACAGGGCGAGAAAUGUUAUAGAAGAGAUAUCAGGAGACUGUUCUACAGGAAUGAAUGUGUUGGAAAAUCUGAAUUAUCCCUAUACUGUUUGUUGGUGUGGUGAAACAAAGAAGCUAUAUUACAGUUGUUGCAGGACUGAUGAAAUUGACAACUUUCUAUACAUUUAUAAACUGUCAUAAAAUUUACACCAUCAUAUAAAAGGUGAAAAAUCAUGUUGUCCUCUAAAGUUUACACGGCUGAAAACAACUAAUAUGCAUUGACCUUUACUACAAAAAAGAGAAACUAGACUUGUGAAUUUAAGCCAUAGACACCGAGUGAAAACAUUGAUAAUUAUUAUUCCUUUAUCAAGAAAAAUGUGUAGUGUAGAACAUGUCUUAAAACUUAAAAUAUGAAAGUGGUAGAUAUUCCAAAAUCACAUUUGUAUGGCAAUUUGUAUUAUAUUUUAGUGCCAAUUACACUGUAAAUAUGUAAAUGUGUUUUCAUUCUUCUUUACUAAAUACUCCUCAUCAAAAUGCUUUAUUUAAACUGUUCUUAUUGUUUAAGCAUUAAGUCAUUUUGUAAGACAUAAAUAAUAUUCAUUCUUUAAAUACUUGAUUUUGAUAAAAAAAAUACAUUUUGUAAAUACUUUAUGAAAUAAGUAUCAAGUGAUAAUAAAAAAACCCAUUAAAACUAUAUUAAUUUGACUAAACUGCGGGUUAUAGACGAUUACUUUUGAAGAAAGCUAUUUUGACAACAUUUAAAAAAAGCUAUUUUGACAAUAUUUGAAAGAACUUAUUUUGACAUAUUUUUGAGUGAAGUAAAUUCAUGUACAUAUACAUUCAUUAUUUGGUGUCCUUUCACACAGAAAGCGAGUUAUUAUCUUUUGUCUGUACCAUAGAAUUAAACAAAUAUUCCCCAUUUUAUAAAAAUGUAUUAAUUAAAGGCCCAUUCAGCCUAAGAAAUGCUGUCAUUUGUAUUCUUCAAAAGCUUUUUAAUUUUGGUGUACUUUCACAGUAUUCUAAAAGUAACCAAUUACCUAAACCACCUUUUUCAUCUCAUGCUUUCUGACAACAAGAACAGUUAGAGUGAUUUAGUAUUUUGUAUGGAAGUCAAAAUUAUAUUAUGUACUUUGGUUUUAUGUUGCUACUUUCAUAAAAAAUUAUUUCACUUUUUUCUCUGUUUUCUUCUAAUAUUCUCUAAAAACAAUUAUUUAAGUAUUAUGAAAUCCAUGUUUGACCUUUCAAAAAAAGCAUUAUGUGAUAAUCUUAAUAUAUGUUUUGUAAAAUAAUCAGAUCAAUAAUAAUUAAUAAUAGAUUUUUAGUUAAUUAUUAAUAAUUUGUCAUCAUUUAAAUCAUGAUCAAACUGUGUUUAUUGGAAAAUUGUUGCUAAGUUACAGCAAAACUACUGACUCAAGUUUGUGAUGUGUUCAUGUUUUUGCCUAGUCCAUAUACAAUUAAAACCAAAUGAUAACAAAAAAGCGUUUCAAAUUAAAAUUUGCAUUCAAAAUCCUACUAAAAAUAGCAAUAAUAAUAUUUUGCUGUAGAACAUUUUAAUUUGUUAACAAAAUACAUGCAAUAUUCAUGUUUCUUAAAUAGCAAAGAUAUUUUAUGUUUCAACUGUUAAAAGUAUCAACAACAUUAUGGAAACCAUCAAACUGUUUAAAAAUGUUAUUUAAAUAUUUCAUUAGAGAUUUACUUUGAUAGACUUCAUCAUUUUUUGUGGAUUUUGUGUAUAAAUGAUACUUAGUAAUCAAUUUCAUUUAAA